AUGAAGAAUAUCGUUGCAAUCUUAGCUUUUGUUCUUUUCGCCCUUACCAUUUUUGGCGCUGAUGCCACAAGUAACAGUUCCUUGAACAAAUGUCGAAAUGAUUUGAAAAAAGAACAAAGUAAACUUAAAUCUUGUCAAAAUCAAGUAGAUGAGAAGGCAAAGGUGGUUUCUGAACUUGCAUUUGACCCAACUCCAGAAGCUAUUGUAAAGAAUUUGCCACAAGAUUAUUGCUCAAAAUUCAAAAAAGGAGGUUCAAGAGCCGGCCAAUUAACACAAGCUAAUGGAACACAAAUCCUUACUGGUAUUUGCUCCAACACACCACUAGGAGAAAUUCCAAAAAUUGAAAAUAUGCCAUCGACCCUUAUUCUUUCCCCAAAGAAUGGUGAAAAAAUUGAGAAGAACAAAGCAUUCAAAGUUCAAGUUCAGACCACGAACAUUGAACUUGGAGCUUUCAGUGAUCCAGCUUCUCUAUAUAAUGUCUUCCCACAAGCAUUAAACGAUAAAGGUCAAAUCAAAGGACAUCAACAUGUUACCAUCCAAUCCCUCGAUAAUUUGGAUAACAAUACACCACCCGAACCUACUAUAUUUAGUUUCUUCAAAGGUCUUAAUGAUCCAUCAAAGACUGGAAAGUUGGAAACUCUUGUCGAACUUGGUUUACCAAAAACAGGAUUAUACAGAAUGUGCACCAUCUGCUCAUCCCACAGUCAUCAAGGUGUUGUAUUG